ACCUGCAGCCACCUAAGCCAUGCUUCAGCUGACUUCCUGUGUGCUCCAUACCCAACAUUUGUAUAUGGAUUCUAGUGAUCAUGAGGCAGGCACUUUACUGAUUGAGCUUUCUCCUUAGCACUUAAGAGCAAACUUUUUGGAGGAUCUGGAGAGAUGGCUCCAGCGAUUAAGAGCACUCUGCUCUUCCAGAGGUUUUGAGUUCAAUUCCCAGCAACCACAUGGUGGCUCACAACCAUGUGUAAUGAGAUCUGAUGCCUUCUGAUAUGUGGAUGGAAUACUGUAUACGUAAUAAUAAAUCUUCUUUUAAAAAGUUACUUUAGAAAUAGCUUUACAGAAGAAUUCUGAAUUCUUUUAUUUCAAAAUGAACCAAGUAGUCUAUAAUAUGUGCUGACUAGAAGUGAAUUUAUUAGAUUGUUCCAUGGGUGUCUUAUCUAUCUAGUGUAGCUAAACUGAAACUUGAAAGCUUCAGUUUUAGCUGAGUGCAGUAGAGCACACUGUAAUUUUGGCACUUGGGUAGCAAAAGUUCAUGUUUACUUCUCUGGCCUUGUCAUCUUCUCUUGCUUAUUUGAGUUUCUGACAUUAGAUUCUUGAUAAAUUCUCAACUAAAUAUUUUAAGUGCUUUUCUUAAUGUGUUUAAUGUAUUUUCAUAUUUUGUGCAAGUUGGCUACUGGGGUACAGGGAUGUGUAGUGCAGGCAACUCUCUCUGGUGGAAAGUAUUGUCAGCAAGAAUGAAAAUGAGCCACAUGGAAAACAAGGCCUUCCAUGCCACAGGUGCAGAUUGGUCUUCACAUAUGCACUCUGCCCAACUAUAAGAGCACGUAGCAAGCACAUCCUAAAAGUUGAGCUGUCUGCCGGACAUCACCAGGAGCUCCCUGGGGUAUAGCUUGAGGUUCUUUUGCUGCAUGGACACCAAGAUCUGAGUUCCGUGCUCUCCGAGUUUUUGUUAAUAACUGCCUGACCCAUAUCUUCCAGAUAAUCGUUAUGUACCUUCAGGUGUUAGAGUGUGAGCGUAACCAACACCUGGUCCAGACUGCAUGGGUAGCCUCUGAGGGUAAGUGACUAAGACUUCUCCUCUGCUGUCCAAGCGCUUUGGUGCAGGGACAGCGGCCGUCUUCAGCCAAUCCAGUGCAGGCUCUCCACCGAAGGCUGGCUCUAGACUGGUGGUAUGCGUACCUGAUAGUAUAGUCAUGGCCGACUGCUGCUUGUGGUUCUCUGACGAUUGUGCUUCUUGUUAAUCCUGUCGUGCUUGGUAAUUGUAUCAAUUAGAGUUGAUAAUUGUCUUGACUUGAAUUUUGUUCUUUUAAAAUUGCUGUACCUGUACAAUAAAGAUGCAAUACCUUUCUUUUUUUAAAAAAAAAAAAUGUGAGCCAUAGAUGGCUCAGUGGUUAAGAGUACUGACUGCUCUUCCAGAGGUCCUGAGUUCAGUUCUCAGCAACUGCAUGGUGGCUCACAACCAUCUAUCUGUAUUGUGAUCUGCUGCCCUUUUCUGGCCUGCAGGCAUAUAUGCAGACAGAACACUGUAUACACAAUAAAUAAUAUUAAAAAAUAUGUAUAGAAAGCGGUAAGAACUGAAGUGACAAAUUGGCAUGGUGGAAAUUCAGGCUGUUACUGGAUCUCCCAAGUCCUACAGUUGCUCUUUUCAGCAGCUUAAGUAGGAUUUAUUCCAGUAAAGGUAUGCAUCUUUAAGUUAAACUAUUGUAAUUUAUUUCUAAUGUAGCAUUAAGUUUAAAUACACAUUUAAAGGAUUUCACUUGUUUUUAGAACUUAAAAUAAUGGGUUAAUAUAUUUGAAUACUAAAAAUUCCUUAUCAGUAAUAAAGUUAUUUGUGAUAUUUGUUAAUGUUUACGCUGUUUAGCCACAGAAUGGCUCCUGAGAGAUGGACAGUGCAGCUAUCUUUCUGACUUCUGAUGUGUAGAGUUAAUGCUUCCAGGGCUAGCUGCCUCUCAUAGACAUCUGUAGAAUUUAUUGUUUAAAAUGUCAGAAUGGGUUUGAAUGUUACCUUCUCUAAAGUUUUAGGACAAAGGUACUGGGUGGGGCAAUUAAAUCUCAUGAGGUACAGCCUGGCGUUAGGGUAUACUGUACCAUUAUUGGAUAUGUUGGGCAGUGUAUAAUAUAACCUCUUCACAUGUUUUCUCAUUGUUUUUUGCAAUGUUGAUAAAGCUAGUAUACCAUUUGGUUAUAAUCUAUAAAUUUUAAAGGAAUAUAUAUAAAGAAAAUGUAAAAAGUUAGCCAACUUUUAAAGAACUUUAACUUUUCUAAAAAUGUGAAGUUUUGUACUUACAUAUAUUUUCUAAAGUAUUAUAGCAUUUUUAAGUGUACUUUGUUGCCACUUUUAGUGUUUUGUUGCUUUUGUCUGAUUUUUAUGAAUGUUCAUUUUAAGACUCCUUGUUGAAAUGGGACAGUUUGGAAACGUUCUUUGAUAAGACCGAGAAGAGGAUUCCCUUGGGUGUUGAGCCCAUGCAUCUGAACUGCACCCAAGGGCCUUUCCCUUUUCCAAGUGGACUCCCUCACUGGAGCUGUGGCUCAGUCAUCUGGAGAAAGACCGGGCCACAAGUGCUGCCUGAAGAAAAGGAACACAGGACAGCUUGUCUCGCAGUUUUGAGGCUCAUGCUCAGCCUGCUCAUUUGAGUUUGCAUGUUUCUCUGCACUAUGGAUUUUGAGCAUUUAGAUUUCUUUAAUCGACUACAUUUUAACUACUAAGUAGCAUUUUCUUUCCAACCAUUGUGCUUUGCAUGAUAGCAGGCAAAACAUAGAAGGAAAAGUAAAGUUAAAGUCGGUUCUCGUUCAUAGCAACACGUAUUGUUUGACAUUCAGCCAGCUUUUUUCCCCCAGUGAUUUCUUUCUUUCAUGUAUUCAGAAUGCCCCAGGUAUCUCUGGAGAUUCCCAGAGUACCCAGCUCAGCCCUAGUGUAGAACCCUUAGGAAUAUCAACCUUUGGUGGCAGGUGGUGGCACAGUUGCCCAUAGCACUACAGUCUUUCUGGUCUUCUUUUCAGGAACUACAUGAACGACAGCCUUCGCACAGAUGUCUUCGUGCGGUUCCAGCCUGAGAGCAUUGCUUGUGCCUGUAUCUACCUCGCUGCCCGGACACUGGAGAUCCCUUUACCCAAUCGUCCGCACUGGUUUCUUUUGUUUGGAGCAACUGAAGAAGAAAUUCAAGAAAUCUGCUUUAAAAUCCUGCAGCUUUAUACACGGAAAAAGGUUGAUUUGACACACCUAGAAAGUGAGGUGGAGAAGAGAAAGCAUGCCAUGGAAGAGGCCAAGGCACGAGCGAGGGGGCUGCUACCAGGGAGUGCUCCAGUUCUGGACAGUGCUGCAGGGUUCUCACCUGCUUCCAAGCUGGGUUCAGUAGAAUCCCCUAAAGAAGGUAAAGGAAACAAGUCUUCCCCUCUCUCUGUGAAGAACGCCAAACGAAAAGUGGAGGGCCCAAAGAAAACCAAGGCAGACAGCCCUGUGAAUGGCUUGCCCAAAGGGCACGAGAGUCGCAGUCAGAGCAGGAGCCGUGAACAGAGCUACUCAAGAUCCCCGUCCCGGUCUGCUUCUCCGAAGAGAAGGAAAAGUGACAGUGGCUCUACCUCGGGUGGGUCCAAGUCACAGAGUCGUUCUCGGAGCCGCAGUGACUCUCCUCCAAGGCAGGUGCACCGUGGUGCUCCCUACAAAGGCUCAGAAGUGAGGGCCUCCCGGAAAGCAAAGGACUGCAAGUACCUCACCCAGAAGCCACACAAGUCUCGUAGCCGGAGCUCCUCUCGUUCUCGAAGCCGGUCACGAGACCGGACAGACAAUUCUGGAAAAUACAAGAAGAAAAGUCAUUACUACAGAGAUCAGAGACGCGAGCGCUCAAGGUCCUAUGAGCGCACAGGCCAUCGCUAUGAGCGGGACCACCCUGGACACAGCAGACACCGGAGGUGAGAUGGAUUUCCUGGUGGCUGCCCUGGUCCCUCCCUGUUGGGCACACCUUGGCUUCAGUGGCCUUGUAGCAUGAUGUUUUUUGGAAGUGUUUUCAAUUGGACCUUGAGGUGAAUUUAACUGAUAGGACGGCGAACAAGGUGCCCUUGAGGCUGGCCUGGGGAGUGCUGCACGCCUGUCCCAGUUGGAGGUGCACCUCAGCUGCAGAUCUUCAGGUAACUGGAUGAAACAGCAGAGGCACUCGUCCCCAUUGGCGUGGCUUGGUGCUAUUGAUGAGCUGUCGCUUCACUCCUAAACCGAUACUCAAUUACGUAAAGCCAAGAAAGAUGAUUUUUCACAUGUUUGCCUAUAUUAGGUUAUACUUGUGUACAUACUUUCCAGUGUUUCACAAUGAGGAAAUGGCCUUAAUAGCCCCUUAAUCUCUAUUCGCGUUGUAAAUAAACAUGUGCUUAAUACAAGUGAAAGCUAUAUAUGAAAACUCAGAAUUUGAAUUCUGUUAGCUUAACACUUGUAUAGAGAAUUCUGAUUUUUAAAAUGUGAAGGUAUUUAGGUCUGUGUUGAAAGUCUUAUAUUUUUAUCUGUGCAGUGCUGAGUGCAGGCCACCAGCUCUAGAGAAAUUUUAUGAGGUUGAAUAAACAAUUCUCAGGACACUUGGGGUAAGACAUGGGCUGUUACCUGCUUGUUUUCUAGUGUGCGCGCCUGGGGUGGUGGGAGUGUGUGCAGCUGUGCACUGCCAGCUGAGCUUCCAGGGGAAACGCGACUGUAUGUCCCAGUUCUCAUUAAAGGAUUGGAUUUUGUAUUAA